CUUCACCCAACCACAUAAAUGUAGUUAUAUGUACAAUUUCCUGGUUACUUCUACUCUACCUUUUAUGAUAUGUAUGUAUCAUUAUCAAGUGGAAGGAAGACUAGGCACACUGAAAACACUGUCCCAAAACCACUAAAAAAGUUGGUUCUAUGGAGACAAAAACAGGAACUCUUUCCAUAGCAGUUUCUUCUCUUUUUAUGUUUUCUUUUGUUGCCCUUGUAAAGGGUAGCCUCUCUUUUAACUUCUAUGCAGCUGCAUGUCCAUCACAAGAGUCUAUCAUAAGAAACAUAGUCAGCUCAUCCUCUUCUACUGAUACUACUAUUCCUGGAAAGGUCCUUCGCUUGGUUUUCCAUGAUUGCUUUGUGGUGGGAUGUUUCUUUGAUGCUACAAGGGAACAAUACAGAACAAAGUGAUCCAGGAAAUAGGUCUGUCGGAGGAUUUUCAGUUAUAGAUUCAGCAAAAAGGAUCCUAGAGAAAUUCUGCCCUAGAACUGUUUCUUGUGCAGACAUAAUAGCUCUAGCUGCUGGAGAUGCUGUUGAAAUAGUAAGUUCUACCUCAUUGCAUGGCUGACAUUGUUCAAUGGCAUAUUGGCAAGACACCUCUUUUGGUACGGUUAUUAACUUGAAGGGCACUUGAGAACAGGCUGGUGAACCAAGGACUAUGAUUCCUACAGGAGCUCAUACCAUUGGAACAGCACAUUGCAGCUCAUUCAGGGAUCGUUUUCAAGAAGAUUCAAAGGGAAAUCUUAGGCUCAUUGACAAAACCCUAUACAGUGACUAUGCUAAUGAGCUAAUGAAACAGUGUCCAGCUGGUGUCCAACCAUCUGUAACAGUGAACAAUGAUCCUGAAACUUCAAAGGUCUUUGACAACAUGUACUACCAAAAUCUUCUGGCCCACAAAGGGCUAUUCCAAUCAGAUUCUGUUUUGAUUAGCAAUGGUAGCACAAGGAAGUUGGUGGAGGAUUUUGCAAAUGAUCAAGAGCUUUUCUAAAAAAAAAAUUGGGGUCAGUCUUUCUUGAAGCUCACUAGUGUUGGAGUAAAAAGUGGUGAUGAGGGUGAAAUUCGAAUAUCUUUUGCAUCAACUAAUGCACAAGGAAAAAAAAAAUGGUGUAAUCCUAACAAUAGUGUUUCUAAAUUAUUUUAUUUGUCAUGUUCUA